CCAGCCCGACUGUCAAUCAACACAAGCUCCCAUGGUUACUGACAGCACAGCAGUUCGGUUUGUCAGUGUAGAGCAAAUAGAGGACCGCUGACUAACGAAAAGAGAAGUACACUGAAUAACUUCAUCAAAAUGAGCUGGACAGACGCGUUAAUUGAUAGAAUAUUAAGCUAUACGGAUGCUCUUAAGUCUUAGGCUCCAAACUGAUAUUUUUCUGUUCCACGAAUGUUUUUUUGAAGUUGUCUCUUUUCGUUUAGUCAGCUUUGUUGUUUAAUAUUAGUGUGCUAACGUUACUGUUCGUUAAAGUUUUCAUCUGGACUUUAACCAACCGCUCCAAUCAAACGACGAUCAUGAUCCCCGAAUGUCCACGCGCCGGGGACUCGAGAAGCCGAACCCGCUUCCUGCAUAGCCCAGCAGCCGAACCGAACCAGGGCCGCAGCGUCAGUGGCUUCUUGUCCGAAAUCAAAACCACCAUCAACAACGAACCUUUCACCGACCACUACACCAUCAUCCCCGGCAAAGAACUCGGAAGGGGGAAGUUUGCUGUGGUCAGAAAGUGUGUGGAGAAAUGCACAGGCCAUGAGUAUGCUGCAAAGUUCAUGAGGAAGAGACGGAAAGGCCAGGACUGCCGGAUGGAGAUCAUCCAUGAGAUUGCAGUGCUUGAGUUGGCCAAGGUCAGCCCCCGGGUGGUCAACCUCCACCAGGUCUAUGAGAUGGGUUCCGAGAUGGUGCUGGUCCUGGAGUUUGCGGCUGGAGGCGAAAUCUUCAAUCAGUGUGUGUCAGAUCGGGAGGAUGAGGCCUUCAGCGAGGAGGACGUGAAAAGGCUCAUGAGACAAAUCCUGGACGGAGUUGCCUUCCUCCACCAGAACAACAUAGUCCACCUCGACCUGAAGCCUCAGAACAUCCUGCUGACCAGCAGCUCUCCUUUGGGUGACAUUAAGAUCGUGGACUUUGGUCUGUCCAGGAUGGUCUGCAGUUACCAGGAGCUCAGAGAGAUUAUGGGAACACCGGAGUAUGUUGCUCCUGAGAUUCUAAAUUAUGAGCCCAUAAGCACAGCAACAGAUAUGUGGAGUAUUGGUGUUUUGGCCUACGUGAUGCUGACAGGGAUCUCUCCAUUCCUGGGGGAGAACAAGCAGGAGACAUUUCUCAACAUUUCCCAGCUCAAUGUGAGCUACACAGAGGAGGAGCUGCAGCAGCUGGACCAGGCCGCCCUGUCCUUCAUCCAGAUGCUGCUUCGCAAACAGCCACAGGAUCGGGCCACAGCGGAGCAGUGUCUCAAACACCCUUGGCUUCAGUCCUCAGAGCCUCAGGAAACCCAGACGGUGGAGGAGAUCCUCCAAGUGGAGGACCAGGAGGCAUCUAGCACCACCAGUAGCCCUGAACCUCCCAGCAGCUUGACCACAGCUGAGGAGGACCAGGAGGAGGAAAGCCCAGUGACGGAGGAGCUGAUAGUCAUGGCUGCCUACACUCUGGGUCAGUGCCGCCAGUCCUCCACCUCCGAGAAGGAGGCUCUGGCUGCUGAGCAGAAGGCCAUCUCCAAACGCUUCAAGUUUGAGGACCCCUUCAGUGCCCUGCAGGAGGUCCCUGGGGAGUUCAUCUACUGACCCAACCAACUACAUGCACCACCAACCUCUGACAUUCCUGUCUUAAUGAGGAAAAGUUAGUGUUGUCACGGUAACAAAAAUAAACCUUCUGCUUAUUCAAACUCCCCUCCAUAUAUACUGUAUGUUUAUAAUCAGAUGCUGUUGCACAGUCAUCCUGAUUUUAUUUAAGAAGUUGGAUUUUAAGUGUUUUUUUUAAGUAAUUACUGACACCCAACUACCCCUACGUCCUAACACGGCUACAGUAGUUUAAUGUCACUUGUUUUUCAUUUGGUUUGCUGUUGUAGUUAUCUUUUCUCUUGAAUAACUGGCCAAAUAUAUACAGGUGUGACACGCUAAUAUAUUUCCACAAGCUACUGCAAAUUUGGAAAUUAACCUUUUGAAGAGUGAGGUCGUCUUUAUAGACCAACUUUCAGCAAUCAAGCAGGGAGAAAUCUAUCACAGAAGAGCCAGAGAGACAAAGGCUGAAUCCAAAUGACUGGACCUUUAAAUCUGCAAGGGUGCAUGCAAAAUUCUCCACGACAGGACUUGAGAUGUCAGUAGAUGCCAUGGAUGUUACCACUCCCAAAAUCAUGACAUGUAAUCCUAAUUUUUCUGAAUGCAAUUCACAUUUUGUAAAUUUACAAGUAGUGUGCAAUAUAAAGCCUCAACACAUACAGUAAAUAAGACUUACACAUAAAAAAUUCAAAAUACUGACUGAGAUUGAGAGUUCAUUUUUGACACUUUGACACAAGGUGUUGACAAAGCAGUCUCUCUACAAGGUCCAUUUAGUAGUUCUUCUGGAGCUUUCAAUCAUGCUUUUCUCAGCAGAUUUCCAGUUGCCAUGUAAAGAAAAAUUAAAAUUUGAACGACAAUUUAGUGACAACUGGGCAAAAUCAUCUGCUGAGGAUGAUUGUGUAAUAUGACCAAAAUCUCCAGAACAACUACUAAAUAGACUUUGUGGUGAGAUUGUUUCAAAUAAACGAUAAAUAAAUACUUCUAUUAUAUAUUUAAAUUGGGUCUAUUUUUUGACAAUAAUUAUUUUUAUAAAACAAUACAUAUUAUUAUUAUUAUUAUUAUUAUUGUUAUUAUUAUUGUUAUUAUUAACGUCAUUUCCAUAGGGCAAAAAUGUGGGGGUAAUAUUCAGAAGUGAGAUUCUCUAGAAGUCUCUGGAUUUCUGGGUUUGCAAAUGCAUGGUAGUCUGGACAUUUGGAUUCAACCAGAGACAAACCCAGAGGAGCAGAAAAUAGACCAGAAAGCACAGCCACAAAACAGACUGAUCAACAUGUUGGUUCAGUUUCAGUGUUAACCAUCAGAAACCUACAGACAGCAAGUGCUUCAACGCACAUAUUUGGAGCACUUUACACACACUUUGUUUAAGCCUUGUGUAAGAGGGGUUACUUACUAUUUGAUGACAACAAGUUCUUUCCUAAUAAGAUUGAUACUGGAUUUUUAGGCCAAUCCUGGUACAGCUUUUUGAGAGUUAGAAAAAGAAACUUUUUAGAUUUAUU